AUGAGAGGUACAAGAGGCUAUCUUGCACCAGAAUGGAUCUCGGGAGUUGCGAUAACAGCGAAAGCCGAUGUUUACAGCUACGGGAUGAUGCUAUUCGGGCUUGUUUCCGGGAGGAGAAACACGGAGCAAUCAGAGAACGAGAAUGUGAGAUUCUUUCCGAGUUGGGCAGCGACUAUACUUACCAAAGAUGGAGACAUCAUGUCGCUGCUUGACCCUAGACUAGAGGGUCAUGAUGUCGUGGAUACAGAUGAGCUCACGAGAGCUUGUAGAGUGGCGUGUUGGUGCAUACAAGACGAAGAGAGUCAUAGGCCAGCGAUGAGCCAAGUUGUUCAGAUUCUUGAAGGUGUCUUGGAAGUGAAUGUGCCGCCUUUUCCAAGAUCAAUUCAAGCUUUAGUCGAUACAGAUGAAGCUGUGGUCUUCUUUACCGAGUCAUCGUCUUCGUCAAGUCAUAAUUCUUCACAGAAACACAGCCAUUCGUCUUCUUCUACUUCUUCCAAGAAAACGACCAACGAGAACUCUUCCGCUUAG